CGCUCGAAAACCGUUCGAAUGGGGUUGCCGGAGAGGAUUAAACCGAAACAAAAUAUGAUAUUUCGAUGGUUUACGUCCACCCAAGUAAACCUUCAGAUUUGAAAACGGACAAUUAAGGGUUCGCACUCGGUGGUGAAUAUAAAAUAGCUACCUUAUACGCGCGUUUUUGAGGAUAUUUGAUUUUUUUCUGUCGUCUGUUUGUUGGUCUCUACGAAUUAGCUAGCGCUAGCCUCCAUGCUAGACAGUGAGCUGGUAUUGAGCUGCAAUGGUUGCUGCGAGUUUAUGCGGAUGUCUCCGGUCGAGUUUUCACUGAACCAGGGGCAACAAAUGGGAGCAUCCAGCAUCGGCCGAAAGCACCGUGGGAUACAGUUUUAGUUUCAGAUAACCGUUUCAAUUAGUGGAGACUCAGACACAGGAUUCUGUGGAUUCUACGGCAGCAGCAGCAGGUGUUUUUUAUAGUUGGAUUUUAGCCCUCUGAUAUUCUCCCACAGCCAUGGAAUCGUCUCAAUGCGCCCCUUGUCCUCUGAGCGGCCCCACCAUGGCGGAUACCUUGCCCCCACUCAUCAACUGACGGUCGAUGACGAUGCAAUGGCAGCGUGAAUGAAGCUUGGCGUGGGGAGAGCUGAACGAUGCCCAAAGGUGGGGGUUCUAAAACCCCCCAGCUGGACCACUUCCCGCUCAGCACCGACAUGGUGGAGAAGCAGGGUGGGAAGAAGGAUAAAGAUAAAGUGUUGUCAAACAAGACUCCCAAACUGGAGCGCAGUGAUGGGGUCAAAGAGAUGAAAGAGAAGGCCCCUAAAAGGAAACUGCCCUUCACUGUUGGAGCCAAUGGAGACCAGAAAGAUUCUGACUCAGAGAAGCAAGGUCCGGAGCGGAAGCGCAUUAAAAAGGAGCCCACCAACACCCGGAAGGCGGGCUUGCCGUUUGGGAUGGGGAUGCCAGGGAUCCGGGCUGGGUACCCCCUUUCUGAGCGGCAGCAGGUGGCCUUGCUCAUGCAAAUGACAGCUGAAGAGUCCGUCAACAGUCCAGACACAACACCAAAGCACCAGUCGCAGUCCAAUCUGGGUCAGAAGGGAACGCCAAACUCUGCAUCUAAAACCAAAGACAAAGUGAACAAGCGGAAUGAGAGGGGUGAGACUCGGCUGCACAGAGCAGCAAUCCGUGGAGAGGCACGCCGCAUUAAGGAGCUCAUCAGUGAAGGAGCUGAUGUGAAUGUAAAAGACUUUGCAGGCUGGACUGCAUUGCAUGAGGCAUGCAACAGGGGGUACUAUGAUGUGGCCAAGCAGCUGCUGGCAGCCGGGGCAGAGGUCAACACCAAGGGUCUAGAUGAUGACACCCCUCUACACGAUGCAUCCAACAAUGGACAUUUUAAGGUGGUAAAACUACUCUUACGCUAUGGAGGAGACCCACGUCAAAGCAACAGAAGAGGGGAAACGCCAUUGAAGGUUGCCAACUCUCCCACUAUGCUGAAUCUGUUGCUGGGGAAAGGCACUUACACCUCAAGUGAAGAAAGUUCAUCAGAAUCUUCAGAGGAGGAAGAUGCCCCAUCAUUUGCCCCGUCCAGCUCUGUUGAUGGCAAUAACACAGACUCAGAGUUUGAGAAGGGCCUGAAGUUGAAAGGGAAAACCGCUGACCCUCCAAAAUCUGCUGUCACACCUGUCAAGGAUGAAUAUGAGUUUGAUGAGGAUGAUGAGGAAGAGCGUGUCCCCCCUGUGGAUGAUAAGCACCUCUUGAAAAAAGACUUCCGUAAGGACCCUAUCAGCAAGGCCAACAGUUUCAUCUCGAUACCCAAGAUGGAGGUGAAAACCUAUUCCAAAAGCAACUCGCUCACACCAAAGAAAACAGUUAGGCGGAUCAUCUCUGACAGCAACAGUUCAGACGAGGAUGAGAGGACGUUGUCUUUCACGCCAACGCCUACGCCACGGCAACAGGCCCAGCCAAUUAAUACCAAGACCAGGGACUCUGGCACCCUAAGCUCCAAACAACAGAAAGAUAAGAAUAAAGUGAAAAAGAAGCGGAAGAAGGAGAGUAAAAACAAUGUCAGUAAAGAAGUCCGGUUUGGAAAAGUUAAUGAUAAGUUCUGUACGUCAGAUUCUGAUUGUGGAGAUAUGGAGAGUGAGGAUGAUAAGGGCUCAAAUAGUAUAAAGCAAUCUACUACAACAAUCCUGAAAGAAUCUUCUGGCUUUAAUGCAUCCUCCUCCUCCCAUGGGAACUUGAACUCUCAGAAACAAGCACCAUCAUUAGCGGAACAGCACCCAAAGCAGUGGAGGACAGAUGGCUGGAAGACUGUGUCCUCUCCUGCAUGGUCAGAUGUCAGUUCUCUUUCAGAUUCAGUCAGAACGAGGCUGUCCAGUGAGUCUGACUACUCCUCCGCUGACUCCAGUGUAGAGUCAAUAAAACAAGUGAAGAAAAAAGCCCAAGAGAACAAAAAGAAAAACAAUGUGCACAGCAACACACUAGAAAAGAAGAAUUCUGACCUCUACAAAAACUCCAGUGCAGACAGUGCGGUCUCCAAAACGGACAUAGAUGGCAAAGUGUUAAAAAAGCAUAAGGUUAAGCACAAGCACAAAAAUAAGGAAAAGGAAAAAGCCCCUAGCCUAGUGCUCAAUCAAGAUAUGAAUGAGAAAUUUGUCAAAAGCUAUUCUUUUGAUUUUGAUGAUUCAAGGCAAAAGUCACUUAUUGUUGAGACUGAGUCCUCAGCUGAUAGCAAGGUUAAGUUAUCCAAACAUGAAAAAGACCAUUCAAAAAAGGAGGAAAGACAAAAAAGCAAGUCUGAGGACAGGGACUGGUCAUCUGGAAAAGACCUGCAGAGAACAAUGAAAGAAGAGAAAAACAAAAAAGCGAAAGAAUCCAACAAGGAGAAAACUAAUAAGGAGGAGAGGGAGAAGCCUGUUAAAGCAGAAAAGGAUAGAAAUGGCAAGGAGAAGCCCAAGGAGGAGAAACAGAAGGCGCAUAAAGACGAGAAAAAGAAAAAGUCCAAGGAGAAAUCCUCCUCAAAGGCAGACAGGAAGAGUGAGCAGAAAGAGGAGAAACAUCUGAAGGUGGAUAAGGAGAAAAACACCAAGGAUGAGAAGGAGAAAUCUAAAAAGGACAAAACACAGAAGGAAGAGACUGAGUAUGAAGCCUAUGAAGUCAACAACCGUUUCCUGAACAUAGAAGACACUAAGCUCAGUGCCUCAGAUGACCACCAUGACAGAUGGGGGUCAGACAUGUCUUCUGACUCCUCCUCUGACAGCUGGGAUACUCAAGGACUCAAGGACUAUAAGGAAUACAAAGCCAACAAUGCUGUUAAGCUGAUUGUUGAGACAGUCAAAGAAGAAACCAGGAGGAAAGAAAACAAAGUCAAAGACAAGAAAUCAGAUCAUAGUGACAAAAGAACAGAAAAAGAUGCCACCUCUAAAAAGAAAGACACUUCAGAAAAGACAAAUGAAAGGAAAAAGGACUGGACAGAUAAACAGAAAAAAUUGAACUCAAGCCAUUCAGUUGAAAAAGAUAAAAAACGGAAGGAGUCCACAGACACAGUCAAAGAUAAGAAAGAAAAAGACUCUGUGGACAGUCGAGACCGAAAAGACUCAUAUGAGUUCUUGAAAGAGAGAAAAGACCUAAAAAUCAAACAGGAAUCUUUAAGAGACGAAUAUGGCAGUGAUGCUCACUAUAAAGACACUGAUGCUGUUGGCAAGUCAUCUGACAUCAGAGAGAGAAACCACUCUGGAAAAGAGAAAGAAAAGAAAGGUGAUGGAAUGGAAAAGAGAGAGAAAAUAAAAGCUGACAAGCACAAGGAGAAACCUAAAGAUCGAGGAGCUGAUCAAGAGAAAGAGAAGAGUGAGAAAAGCUCCACAGAAAAAGCUCUCAAGGAAAAAGAUGCAGACCGGGGAGCAAAAGACAAACACAAAGACUCUCAUGGAAAAGACAAAGAUCGAAAAAUGUCUUCAGAGCAAACCAAGGACAAGAAAGAAAAAGCCUCUCAGGACAAGCAUGCUGACAGGGAGAAGGAUUUCCUGGAGGUGAAGAAAGAGGAAAGGAAAACUGAGAAGAUGCGGCAGAAAACUUUGUAUAAGUUACCUGACAUUUUCACAGACGAAAGUGAUGAUGAAGAGGAAAGCUACAAUGGGGGAGUGGCUGGUUUGUCUGACUCGCACAGAAAAGACUCAACUCCUGAUCAAGAUGAGCUUGAUCACUUUCCAUCCGAAAAAACAAGAAAAUAUUCUGCAGAGGCCAAACAUACCACAGACAAAUCAAAAGAGAAAGAUCACAAAGAAAAGAAGAAAGAAAAGGCCACAUUUGACACAGGCAAGGAGAGGAAAGGCUCCCUCGAGAAACACAAUAAAGAUAAGAAAGAUUCUGUGGAUGCCAAACAUAAGGAAAGGAAAGACAGAAUGUCAGUUGACUCAAACCAAGACAAGAAAAAUAAACAGAAGCUUUUGGACAAGAGGGAUACCAGUGAGGAGAAAACAAAGAGCAAAUAUAAAGACAAGCAGGACCAUUCAAAGGAGAGGAAACCUUCAAAAGGUACUGGUGAGAAUGAAAAGUCCCUCCUGGAAAAAUUGGAGGAGGAAGCCAUGAACGACUACAAAGAUGACUCAAAUGACAAAAACAGUGACAUCUCUUCAGACAGUUUCACUGAUCGGGGUCAUGAUCCAGUCCUCAGUAGUUACUAUGACUCCUCAAUCAGUCUGCCGGACGUGUCUGAGGAGGGGAGAGACCCCCUAUCCAUAUCAACACCACAGGAUAAGUUCAGGGAGAAAGAGAGACAUCGACACUCCUCCUCCUCUUCCUCCAAGAAAAGUCAUGACAAGGACAAGGAAAAGGUCAAGAAAGAGAAAGGGGACAAACGUGACAAGACCGAGGAGAUCAGAGAAUCCUACGGUCGCAGGGAGAGCCUGCCCUUUGAGAAAGAGCCAAUGCCUCUAGAGGCAGACCCUUACACUUUCCCAUAUGGGUCAAAGGCAGAUGGGGAAGACGACUUUGAGAAGACCUUGGAAUUUGAAAAAGAGAUGUCCAAAAAGGACAAAGACAAAGCAAGUAGUGUCAUCAGUGACAAGAUGAAGGACAAAAAGAAAAAAGAGAAACACAAGGAAAAAAUCAAGGAAGAGAAACAUAAAUAUAUUGAUGGCUUUGGGUCAUUCAAACACUCCAAAGAGGAUGUAAAGUCAGCGUCAAAAGAGAGUCCACAAGUCACUAUCCUGAAAGACAGGUCAAAAGAAGAGAGUCCUAAAUUUGAAAUGAAAAAAGACAGAAAUCGGGAUACAUUAGACAAAGACAACAGGGUGGACCACACUAAGUCUAAGUGUAAGGAGGAAAAUGAAAAGCUCCCUCAGUCUAAAGAUGCACGGAAAGAUAACCGUCCACGUGAAAAACUGCUGGUGGAUGGUGAUCUUCGACUGACGAGUUUUGGUCAGAUGUUGAGUCUAAAAGACCAGGAGAUUGAGGAGCGUCACAAAAGACAUAAAGAAAGGAUGAAGCAGAUGGAAAAGCUACGGCACAGAUCAGGGGACCCUAAACUCAAGGACAAAACAAAAUCUACUGAGGAAGUAAGGAAAAACCGCAAUGAACUAUCCUCUAAGAAAUCCAACAGCCUGGAAUCGGCUCUUAAAGAAAAGAAGCUGAAGGAUGUUGGUCUUCCAGCCCAAAUGAUGUCCCCUGACAGGAAACCCCAGCCCAUUGACAGUCAGAACUCCAAGGACUGGCUUGCUGGCCACCAAAUGAAAGAAAACCUCCCUGCGUCCCCCAGACCAGAUCAAAACAGGCCAACUGGUGUCCCCACCCCAACAUCUGUCAUCUCCUGUCCCAGCUAUGAGGAGGUGAUGCAGACACCACGGACCCCAUCCUGUAGUGCAGAGGAUUAUCCUGACAUUAUGUUCGAUGGACUGGACUGCCAGAGCUCAUCAGCUAUGACAAUGUCAAUGAACGCCUGCUCCCCAUCCUUCUUCGAAAGCAGAUACUCAAAUUCAUCCCACAGUUUUCAGGAGGGCACAUGUCUCACCCCUGCAAAAAACCUCCAGCUGCCCCUCGUCAGCCGCUCCGCGUCAUCUGAGGUCCGCAGGCCCCUGGAGGAUGAGUUCAAGGCAGAGGCUGACAAGUUCCUGCGACAGCAGAGUGGUCAAGGAGGUUCUGAAUUUGACCUGUCAUCUUCCUCCCAACCACCAGAGGAGAAAACAGCAUCUGUGGAUAGGUUAGAGUGCCUGUCACCUCCCUAUUUCUCACCCAUCAGAAUGCUCUCCCCUCGACUGGAAUCAGCACAUCCAACAUCAGAUGGAGCAGUAUCAACACUUGCUGGCCCCGAGGGGAAUGAGCACCACCCUGAAAGCGCAUACAACAAUUUCCUGCUCAAGCCUUCCACACCAGUCCAUAGGCCCGACCCACAGGAGCCCUGCUUGGACAUUGCUGCACCACCAACCCCGGCUCCUGCUGCUCUUCCUCCUUUGGACAUUGAUGACAUCUCAGAGCCUCACCACAGUGAGCCCAACCUAGUCCCCUCAGCCCCUGUCAGUGGCACUGACUAUCUUCCUUCUGUCACUGGGGAACAGGAGGAGGAGGAGGAGGAAGAAGAGGAGGAGGAGGAGGAGGAGGAGGAGGAGGAAGAAGAGGAUGAAGGAGAUUUGGACGAGAGACAAGGAGAUAACUGCACAGUUGAGGAGCAAGACCAAACAAGGGAGGCAGGUUCAUUUUCCCCUCAGGUGGAGGACCCUCUUAGGAAGAGCUGGUCUGCAGAGUCUCCAGACCGGCAGGCUCCAGAGGCCCACCAGCUCACCCCCACACACCCCUCAGCCAACCUGGGGGAGAACUCCUGUGACCACGGAAUAGGCUGGAAUUCUGAAAUGCUCCUCAAAUCUCCCCACAGGACUUAUGGGGAGAUAGAGGCUGCUGUCUCCAAGAUCACCAGUCCCUUCUCCCAUUCAGACAGUGACAUGCAGCACAUGUCUGGUCACCCCUCCGUCACACCUCCUUAUGCCUCCUACUCCAGGUCAUAUGUAUCUGAAACUGACUUUGACGAGCAGAAGGAGGCAGUGGCGGACAUCCCCUCCCCAGAGAGACCUGACACAGCUACAGAUGAUGAACCCAACUACACCUCGUCAUCCUCCACUAGGCUAGAGUCCUUCUUCACUGAUUGCAACAAGCCCAGCAUGGAGGACAGCCACCACAUGGACCCAGAGCAACCAUGUGUAGGACCAGACAACAGACAGACUCCACACAGUUUCACUGCUGCCACUGAGAGCCACAUGGCUCCAGCUGUGGGCCAUGAGCCUGUGGUGCCAUGGGCAGAUCCAUUCUCUGCAGCUGUGGAUGAGUUGGAUGACCUGGGGCCUUUCUCCUUGCCUGACCUACCCCUCCCAGACAAGUCAGAGGAGACAGAGGCACGAGACCCAGAACUAGCAGACCACAACAAGACAGUGCCAUCCCACAUUCGUCAUCCCAUAACAGAUAGAGAUGACCCAGACCUAAUGGAAGUGGAUCUACCCAGCCCAAAGACUCCAUGCCCUUCUGGAGGGCCAGGGAUUGGGGAAUCUGCUGGACAAGACGUCGUUGUACCCUCUCCACAUGCCAACUUCCAACAGGAUUUGGAACCUGAGCCUCAGAGCGUGCCGGUCAACAACUCUCUGUCACUUAAACAACAAGGCAUUGUAUUGGAAGGCAAAGGGCCAUAUGAGGAACCUGAUGAACCAGAUGGCAGUAUGCUCUUUUCAUCUAUAGAAUCAGAUGCCAAUCAGCAGCAUCACAUGCAGAUCCAGUCCCUUACUGACUCAUUACAAGUUCCCCUGGAUUCAGUGUCUACUGCCAAGUCAGACCUGAGACAGGAACAGAUGUCCGAACCUGUAAUGGGACAAGUUUCAUGCAACCCACUCCCACAGCUCCCUGUGGCAGUCACAAUCUCUAGCACAGUGGACAUGUCAGACACUCAGGAAACCACAUCCAAGCUUACGGUUACACUGACCACUGUGUCCACAACUGUAGAUGCCCCCAAGAAGGUGGAGGAGAUCCCUCAGAGGAUGACCCGCAAUCGUGCCCAGAUGCUGGCCAAUCAGAGCAAGCAGAAUCCCUCUGCCCCUGCUAUUACUGUCCCUGCUUCUCCCAGUGUGAUGACCUCGUCUGUGGCUGCUACCCUAGUAACAACCAGCCCAGUAGUGAGCAUUACCCCUACUCCUACUCAAACCCCAACACCCACAUCAGCUUCCUGCUUGACUCUGGAGAAAGACAAGGAGCCUGUGCUUAGUCUGUCUUCAACUACGCCUAGCACAACCCCAGCAGCAGCUGUACCCACCCCUGCUGCAACUCCUAUUCCUGCUCCCGUGGUUCUCAACAGGACAACAAAAGGUCGCCCUUUGCCUGUGGAGGAAGAGGACUCUCAGACCCAACACCCACGGAAGAGGAAAUUUCCUCGGUCAGCUGGGCAGCAGGUUCAGGUCCAGCUGGUAAACACAGCAAUGCAGCAGACCAGGGAGAUGAUCCAGCAGACUCUCGCUGUAAUAGUCAAUGCUAUCAAGCUGGAUGAUAUUGAGCCGUACCACAGUGACCGCUCCAACCCCUACUUUGAGUAUCUACAGAUAAGGAAGAAGAUAGAGGAGAAAAGGAAGAUUCUGUGCUACAUCACCCCCCAGGCCCCUCAGUGCUAUGCUGAGUAUGUGACGUACACAGGCUCUUAUCUGCUGGACGGCAAGCCCCUCAGCAAACUGCACAUCCCUGUGAUUGCUCCACCUCCAUCGCUGUCAGAACCUUUGAAGGAGCUCUUCAGACAACAGGAGGCUGUGAGGGGGAAGCUCAGAUUGCAGCACAGCAUAGAGAGGGAGAAGCUGAUCGUGUCAUGUGAGCAGGAAGUGUUGAGGGUCCACUGCAGAGCAGCCAGGACAAUAGCCAAUCAGGCUGUACCAUUCAGUGCCUGCACCAUGUUGCUGGACUCUGAAGUAUAUAAUAUGCCAUCAGAAAGCCAGGGUGAUGAGAACAAGUCUGUGAGAGAUCGCUUCAAUGCUCGCCAGUUCAUUUCCUGGAUCCAGGAUGUGGAUGAUAAAUAUGACCGCAUGAAGACAUGUUUGUUGAUGCGGCAACAGCAUGAGGCAGCGGCCCUUAACGCAGUGCAGAGGAUGGAAUGGCAGCUGAAGGUGCAGGAGCUGGACCCUGCAGGGCAUAAGUCCCUCUGUGUCAACGAGGUGCCGUCCUUCUAUGUGCCAAUGGUUGAUGUCAACGAUGACUUUGUCCUGCUGCCUGCAUGACACACCCAUAUUCACAGAGAAAGAGUAUACAUCUGCUGAAUCACUUCUUCUCAAAGAGACUUCGUUGAACAGAACGAAUGGAAAGGGCUAGCAAGUUUGAAAGAACACUUUAGAAAGGAAAAGUUUAUAUUAUAUAGAAAAAACAAAGUAAAGAUUAAAAAAAACUUGCUCACCAUUCCCUUCUGGGAAAGAAGGAAGCAUCUUUUUACUGGGGAAAAACAAAACACACAACUUGCACUUUCAUCCUCAAAGUUUUUACACUUUUGUUCAGUCAGAGUAUGAGAAGCAAAAACAGUGUUUUGCUUUGAGGCUCUGACAUUGAGACACAGCUCCUCAGUACUCAGUAAAGGUGAGAUGGGGAUAGAGAUCUAUUUUCUGCAUUUGUUUUUGGUCCCCGCUUCAAGAGACCCACCACCACAGGGAGGAAGUAUUGGAGAGAGCUCUCCCACCAAUGUGGUGCCUGUCCUGAGGGAGGAUUGAGGAGAAGCCUCCCCUGUUGACCCAGAGCUCCUGGUGGGUCAGAAGAACUAGACAGAGCCUAGCCCUGACCCAGAGGACACUGACGGAGCCGUGGUGCACCAUGUGGAUCCUCAGUGUGUCCAUCCAGCUGGACGGCUGGGGUGGACAGACCAAGCAACUAGAACCAUCCUCUGAUGGUUUGGGGCUGUAAGACCAUGUAUCCAGAGAAUGCCCCUUCUGUUCAUACUGCACCAUGCCAGGCGAAAUAGAAGUGCUGUAGAGCCUGCAGCAGGUUGGAAUACAGCAGAGGGUUAGCGGUGUGUGUGCGUGUGUGUGCGUGCGUGUGCGUGCGUGCGUGUGUGUGCACGCGCGCGCACGUGUGUGUGUGCGUGCGCGUGUGUGUGUGUGUGUGUGUGUGUGUGUGUGUGUGUGUAUGCGUGCGCACAUCAGGGCCCAGUCCCUGAGAGGAAAAAGACUGAUCCUGCAGCCUCUCAGCCUGGCUAGAUAGAAGAGGGGAUGGGUGGAGCUCUGAGGACAGACCGGAGUGUUCCUCAGCCACCCUGCUUGCUCCGACACAAACACAUCAGACCGCCACGGACUGCAAAAACACCACAGGACAACCAGAAGAUACAAACAUAACGAAUGUUGUGAUUCAAAGAGACUAUUAAAAUAUGGUUGUUUGGCGAGAGGAGAAAAAUAUUCUUCUUUUUUGUCUAUUUCUUUACUUGGGCAUUUCAUUGUUUCUGAGGAAGUGACUUGAAACACUACAGAGCCAAUAUUAGUUUAAUGGAAAAAAACAAACAAAAGAAAACUGAAAAAAAGUUGUAUUCCGUAAAUUAUGUACAGUUUUUAUAUUCGUUAACCAAUGUAUUCUUGCUGCCUUCUAGAUAAUUUAUUUUGCCACACAUUACUGCACAGUUGUAAAUAACUUAUGUACUGUAACAUCACUCAGUUAAGUGUAAAGAAAAAAAAUAAAUGAAAUAAAAAUUAUCUUUGUAUGUACAGUUCACUUUUGGGCAGCACUUUCCCCCUCAUAUCCAUGGGCCAAAAUGUGUACACGAAUCUGUCAGUAUUUGAAAGACUCCAGUGCACAGUUGUAUGAUCCCAUCUCUAGAUUCAGUCCAGGGUUGGUUAAGGCAAUUCACCUGGGCUUGGAUCACCACAACACACCUAGCUAGUUGAUAGAGAACACUUCUUAAUUGAACAGGGCCUCCCACAGGCCGACCACCAUAUAGUCCCUCAGAUGUAGCAGAAUGGUUGUGGAUUUAUUUAAAGAAUAGACAGAGGUUUAUUAUUCAUUGCUUUACUACACAAUUAUAUCUAAAAUUUUUCAAACCAAGAAAAUGCCUUUUUCAGUGAAAAAAAAAAAAAUUACUCAAUGUUGGGCAAAGUCACAUAUAGAUAUAUCUGGGUGGGAUGAGAGUGAGAGAGAUGUCAUUCACAAGCAAAACCAUCACAUUCUAAUAUAAUGUUUUUAAAUUAAUUUUCCUUGUCUUUUAUUUACAAAAAUUGGACUUGGACAUUGUUUUUGGUCGUUAUAAAUAUUGUCAAAAACCAACAAGACAUGGGUCUUUCAGUCAGCUCUUCAUUGCUUCAGAUGUUUAUUUCCUUUUUCUGUUUUCCAAGUGAUAUUACUUCAGACAUUGAUCCAUGUGUACAGCUUACUCGACUACUGGCUGGCUUUUGGUGUGAAAUAGACUGAAACUGAAGUGUGACAGACAUUGAAAGGCUUCAUUCCAUAUUGAGUUUUUAAAAUUGUGUUUGUAUUUUGUAGUAGUUUUGUCACCCCUUGUCCAUUAUUGGAAAGCAGCUAAUUGUUUAGGUGCUGUUCCACCUUAACUCACCAGAUGACGCCAAAGCAAAGUCUACUGCGUCAGAAAAGGGCAUAAUCUUACUUUUCAUCAGACUCAUGCCCUUUCACUUAAAUGGGUGUUUUAAUCUGUUUAAAUUUGAUUACAUUUCAAAAUGUCUCAAUUCAAUUUUAGAAUUCCAGCAAAACUCCUAGGUGAGUUUGGUAGUCCCUGAAAUCCUAAUAGGCUUAGAUCCAUUUAGCUGCAUCAGGCAGACAACUCCAUGUCAACUCAGCCUCCAAGUUGUACCAGUAGAUAAUCUACCAAGGGUUUGGUUAGUGUUGUCAGGGAUGUUGAAAUAUUUAAAUGUUUAGUUAAAGUUGCUUCCUCAUCAUGCUCUGUUGUGUGGUGGCAUCUGUCAUAAUCAUAAUCUUGUGUCAGGCCCAGGCAGACAGUUACAAGACUUAAAAAUCUCAAUAUGAACCAAAAGAAAAGAAAAAAAAAGCUGACAUAGACGGACGCAAACAGUGGAGGGGGGAGAAUUAGCCAAUGCUGAAGUUUUGGGUUUUUUUUUUUUUCCUAAAGAAUAAUCCCAUUGAUAGAUUGAUUUGUGAUGAUGACUUGUAUUGAUUAUCUGUUUUUAGUGGGUCCUGGUUUUAAAAAGCUUUCCUGACCUACCACAUAGGCUGCCUGUCUGUGUGUGAGAGCUGCUCAUGUAUCCUGAUGGCAAUAUUAGCUGAAACUUUAAGUUAUUUACACACUGUCAGUCAGCGUAGCUGUGUAUGGUAUGUCUAGUCAGGUGCAAUGGUUGUUGCUAUUCCACUGUGCAGAAAAGGUGGCUGGGUAUAUAGUCCUGGAUAUUUUUUGAAAGCUACACAGAUACAGUUUGUUAUACAUAGCGCAUACAAAAUAACCAGAGGUUUGGUUUUACAUCCCUGUUUGUUUAUGUUUAUGUUUUUAUUUUGUUAGUGGUUUCUUUGAUUCUUUAUCAGGGGGUCAUAGAUUCCUUGUGUGUUUUUUAGCUCAGUGUAUGUAGUGUUGAAUGUUUUUGUGUUUAAGGGUUUGUUUAUUUUUUGUUUUUUGUUUUGUUUUGUUUUGUUUUUGUUUUUUUUUUGGGGGGGGGGGUUGUUUAUCUUCCUGUAUGAAGCAUAAACACCAGUGGCAUGUCAAUCACGUUGCUUAUACAAAGCAGAAUGUAUACCGUUACUAUGCCCCAACCGACCACAUCCUCACUAUUGUUUACAAGACAUCAAGUGUGUUUCAGUUUCAUGUCACCUCUUAACGGUUUGAGCCCUGCCUUGUUUUUACUUCUCUAUUCGAUCAUUUAUUUGAACCCCAAAGGCUUGAAAUUGUGAUGGCUGACAGUGACAGUCAUGCUUUGAAUUAACAGAUGACCCCACCCGACCCCCGGUUUGCAGCGCACCACUGCACGGAGCGAUAGCUUGAACACAUCCAUCCACAUUGACUCUCUAGUGCCCGGCUUGUGAAUAUUCUCUAGUGAAGUUCUUUCUGAGUAAAGAUUAGCCUCUCACUCCCCAGCCCCAGUCCUCGAUGCACAGUAAAGCACUUGGCCAUGGUGAUCCAGAUGCUAGCCUGACACCUCAGUCAGCAACAUGUUACCUCUACUCUCCUCACAUUCGCUCAGUAUAGUAUUUUGUUUUUCUUACUGGACAUAAAUAUACAUAAUUGCUAUUUUUUCAUAAUGUAGAAUCACGAUUUCAAGCCUUUUUUCUAGUUUUCUUUUGUUUUGUUUUUUUAUUGAACCCGGACUGUAGCUGUUUCUUUGUUCCUUUUUAGAAUGGAAAAUGACUAAUAAAAGCAUGGAGAACUACUCUUUAAAUGGUGAGAAAUAAUCUAUUUAUUUUCUUUUUUUUCCUGACACCUGUGGUAUGUUUUGAUUUGAAGUUGGUCUCCGCUGUGUAAAUUUUCCUCCUGUAAUGCGUGAAAGAGACAUACUGUACAUAGCUUUGUAAAUAAACCUCCCAGGACGUUUUGCACCCUCCUCUUUGUACUAGUCUAAAACUUGCGUAGAAUGUGGGGUUCUAACAGCAACGAGACAAAGUGCGCUCGCUGCAGGUGAUUAUGAUGUAACAAUGUAACUUUUUUAUUUGUACAAUGUAGUUUAAUUGUGUAAAUAUUGUUGGAGCAGCUAUGGGGGGGAUAUAGGGGGGUUGUUGAUGCUAUCGUCAGUGCUGUAACAGAAUCCAGUACUUUCACCUCUAGCUGUUGUUGAUUUCCUGCAAAAACAAACGCGAGAAACUGAAAAUGAGGAUGGAAAAAAGACUAAAACUGAAAAGUAAAAAUUCUAAAUUGUUAUUUUCUACAGUUGCAUGUACAGAGAGCGCGAGAACUGCUGUUGUUCCUCAGAGAUUAUGUUCGUUAAUAAAAUUUUGAAACAUUA